AACGAUGGGUCAAAGUGACAUAAAAGUACAUGUACUUUCAUAUGUAGGUAAUCUACACUGUGUAGGAACGUGAUAAGGCAAGUAGCGAAGUCACGCGAGAAGGACAUUUCAAGCGUCCAUCAUAACAAGUACUGAUUAACAUGGAAAGUCAGCAAACUCCCGAGAUUCUGGACUACCGGAAUGAAAAUGGUCAUGGGUGGUCCUUCUACAAACAUGACGGCGUCCUCCUGCAUAUUCACACUACCCCUGAAGCUCAUAUGGAAAUAAUCCGAAAUGUUCAGAAGUUCGAGCUGAGGGACGAUGACGUCAUGAUAGUGGCAUAUCCCAAAUGUGGUACCCACUGGUUGUGGGAAAUCGUCACCAUGCUCAGGGCCGGUAAUUCUGAGUACAACAAGAAGGCGAAGGAGAUCGCCAUGUUGGGGAUGCCGAAGUUUGAGCGGGCUGAUGAACUUCCCUCUCCGCGGGUUCUGAACUCGCAUCUUUACUUCCGUCAUCUGCCGGAGAAACUGGUGGAGAAGAGGAUUAAAACCAUCCUCAUCAUGCGAAAUCCAAAAGAUGUCAGCGUAUCUCACUAUCAUCAUGUCAGCGGACUCCAAAAGGUGUUUAUGUAUGACGGGACGUAUUCAGAAUUUCUGGAUCUGUUUCUUGAAGGAAAAGUUCCCGGUGGUGGUUAUGCAGACUACGUGAAGGAUUGGCAGCAAGUGAAACAGGACAACCCGGACUUGCCUUUCCUAACCUUGUUUUAUGAAAACUUGAAAGAGGAUCCUGUUAAAAACAUCAAAACGGUUGCCGAGUUCAUAGGAGAGUCAGUCACUGAUGAACUCUGUCAGCAAAUAGCGGAAGCGUGCAGCUUUAAGAAGCUGAAGGUUGCAGCCACGGAGGUGAAGGAGGAAUUACCAAAUAGCAAUCGGUCAGAAGUCUGGAAGGAAGGACACGAAGGAGUGUACAGAAAAGGUGAAGUCGGGGAUUGGAAGAACUGGAUAACAGUUGCUAAAAACGAAAGAUUCGAUGACGUCAUAGACCGAAAGUUUGAAGGAACAGGCAUUGUGUUCACAUAUGAAUAGCUGACGGAUUAUAAGUAUAUGUUGACGAGAAUACUGAAUGCCAAAUAUCAUUAAUAUUCGUCAUUCCAAUAUCUAUGAAUAUUCACUAAGUAUGUAUUUUGCACGACCACCAGAGCUUACAAGAUGAAACAGUACCAAGCUAGGCGUACCUGAUGCUGACGUGGCAAUCGGGCGUACCUUUGUACGGAUGAAAGAUUUCCGCUUGCGGAUUCGGGAACCAAUUUCACACCAAUAACGUUCUGUAAAUGGUGCCGUCGGGUGCAGCAUGCGGAGUUAGCUGUCGCCCUUUUGAAACUGUCCGGCAUAUCCUACCGUACAGUAACCCCUGACGCGGGGGCACUAAAUAGAUUCGACGUCAGGACGUUCAUUAAUUGCUUCAGGCCAACGUCGGUGCGAGUACGACCACGGCAACUGCCCCCCACCCACCCAAUGGAACUCUCAAAGGCAGUAAUAGACGUGACAAAACGCCUUGUACUUCCGCUACAAUGCAGUUUAAUGGAGACGAGAGCGGCGCAAAUACGCCUAUUUUACCCUCCCCAAAAUUCGACCUUUUGGGACGAGUUUCAGUGGACCGGGACUCAAAUUAAAUUCAAAUACUUAUCGAUCAUUCCGGUCGAAUCGGGAACCCAAAUAUAUAUUUAAAAAAAGAAAUUAAAAAAAAGACAAAACGAUAGUCAAAAUAGUCUAAUUGCGACUAAAGUAAUCGUUCAAGGGGAGUUACAUGUAACUGGAGGGUGACCAUCAAGAUGUUACAAUCCACUUAUAUUGUUCCGUUAAUUGUUUUAGAAAUUAUUAUAGUAGAAAUGUUGUUAUUACAUACGAAGUGAUAUUCGUACUAGAAGUGUUUGCUACAGGUAACUUGCUUUUAUUUGUAUUGGAAGUGUCGUGUUACUUAGGAAUUGAUAAUAUUUGUAGUAAGAAGUGUUACUACAUAUGAAUUGAUUUUAGUCGAACUAGAAGAGUUUCGUUACAGGUGAAUUGAUAUAUUUGUAUUAGAAGUGUUUAUUUACUGUUAUUAUAGAAGUAGUAUCUAUAGUUUUAAUUAAAUUAAGCAUAACUUAUGUGGCGAUGUACCUUCCCGUUAUGAGAAUGAUAUCAAUGUUACAAUAAAAUGAAUUACCUCCUUGAUGGGGCGGUCGGGUAGCCUAGUGGUUAAAGCGUUCGUUCGUCACGCCGAAGACCCGGGUUCGAUUCCCGACAUGGGUAAAAUGUGUGAAGCCCAUUUCUGGUGUCCUCCGCCGUGAUAUUGCUGGAAUAUUGCUAAAAGCGGCGUAAAACUAUACUCACUCACUCACCUCCUUGAUGAGUCGUUUCGGUUUAGGCCUUGAACAUGUUAACGUUGUUGUUAAACCGAUGUGGAGAUAUUAAUGUUCCACAUAUAUUGAAAUUGUAUGUAUAAUGUACAUUGAACAAUGACUCUGUGAAUCUGUCCACGGUCAACCAGCCUAUGGUCACGAUGGUUAUCACCCAAAGCA